CUCCAUGAAAGCAGGCACUGGUCGGGAUGGAGGUGAACAGGAACGACACAACUGCCUUCAAGCCCCCUGUAGACCAAACACAUGGAUUUCCUGGUUACUACGCCCUCAUUCCACUCGUCCUCUUAACCCUGAUUGGAUCCAUCCUGGCAGCGGUUUUUUAUAUCAGAAAGAAAUCAAGAUUAGAGGAGCUGCGCCACCGGCUGAUUCCUCUGUACAGCUACGACCCUGCAGAGGAGCAGGAGGAGUGGGGCGAUGCUGGCAGGGAGGAUGAGGAGGCUGAGCUGACAGAACCCUUGUGCAAAUCCUCACAGCUCACCUUCACCAACAGAAAAUGACCAGAAAGUCUAUUUACAAGCUAAAACCUUCAUUUAUGUAAAGUGGCUUCAUGUUCAGACACCAGAUGGCACUGCUAGUCCACUUUUUGUU